AUGAAUAUUCCCAAUAGAUCGAAUGCCAGAGCUCGUAGGAGACACAACUUUGUAAGGUUUACAUUCAGGCUAAGUAACUUUUUUGGUGAUCCAUUUGCUAUAUCCUCUGUUUCUAUUGCCACGAUCGCUUGGAUUAUCACUAUAGCUGGUGCCAUUGCAUCUGCUGCUGAUAGCGAAUCGUUUCCUAGAUUUACAUGGUGGGGGAUUGCUUACCAAAUAAUGAUGAACUUUGUGAUAUUCAUCAUAUAUUGUUACGAUUUGAUAGGGUACUAUAAGACUUUCCUUGCAGCUGCAUCUGCAGUUUCAUUCAUAUACAACACUAACAGUGCAACAAAUUUAGUCUAUAGCUCUGGACCAAGGAAAGCUGCCUCUUCAGCGGGGGUCAUUCUAUUAUCUAUUGUUAAUUUGAUUUGGGUGUUUUAUUUUGGUAGUGACAAUGCUUCGCCAACUAAUAGAUGGGUCGAUUCAUUUUCGUUACGUGGGAUUAGACCAUCUGCAUACGAAUUAGCUCUUAUUAGAUCGAUUCGUCGCCGCACUGUUUUAAAUAAUGAAAGAAUGAGCUCUAAUGACGUCUACAAUAAUAUCCAAGAUAAUUUAUCUGAUAAUAAUUUAGGUUACAUCGACAAAACUAAUCAAUAUAUGUCGUCGCAUGACUUAACAGGUUUGGAGAGCACCAAUUUAGACAAUCCAAGUGUUAUAAUACCUUACAACGAUAAUCCAGCUGAUGAUUCAAACAAUGUACUGCCUGCUGUAUACCAUGAUUUAGAAAACUAUCCUAAUAAUGAGAAUGUUGAUACAUUUAUUACUGACUCAUCGAAUGGUAAUACGGAAACGACAAUGGGUGAUACAUUAGACUUAUACAGUGAUAUAGGGACUGAGUCUUUUCCAUAUACUGCCAAGGCUUUAUAUUCUUAUCAGGCAGAUGACGCCGAUGGUUAUGAAAUAUCGUUCGAACAAGGUGAAAUAUUAAAAGUUAGUGAUAUCGAAGGGAGAUGGUGGAAAUCGAAAAGAGAAAAUGGUCAAGUCGGGAUUAUACCUAGCAAUUAUGUUCAAUUAAUCGAAGAUUAA